AUGGCUGCUCUCUCGACUGCUUCUCGCCUGUGCCUGCGCUCGGCGGCCAAGCCAGCCGUGCCCGCCGUCCGCGCCCUGAGCAGCACCGCCAUGCGCUCCGACGACGCCGCCGCCAGCUACAGCAGUCCCUUCAAGGGCGCGUCCAAGGCCUCUCAGAUUCCCGAUUUCGGAAAGUACAUGUCGGCUAAGCCCGAGGGCAGCAACAAGCUCUUUUCGUACUUUAUGGUUGGUGCUAUGGGCGCCCUGACGGCUGCGGGUGCCAAGAGCACGGUUCAAGAGUUCCUCGUCAACAUGUCCGCUUCUGCCGACGUUCUGGCCAUGGCCAAGGUCGAGGUCGACCUCAACACCAUUCCCGAGGGCAAGAACGUCAUCAUCAAGUGGCGCGGCAAGCCCGUCUUCAUCCGCCACCGCACCGCGGACGAGAUUGCCGAGGCCAACAAGGUCGAGGUCGCAUCCCUCCGUGACCCCCAGUCCGACGACGAUCGUGUCCAGAAGCCUGAGUGGCUCGUCAUGUUGGGCAAGUCUCGCAAGGAUCACCCCGACUCUCACGGAAGAGAAAAGCUAACCCCAUCAAUAGGUGUCUGCACCCAUCUGGGUUGUGUCCCCAUUGGCGAGGCUGGCGACUUUGGUGGCUGGUUCUGCCCCUGCCACGGCUCCCACUACGACAUUUCCGGCCGCAUAAGACGAGGCCCUGCGCCUCUUAACCUCGAGAUUCCCGCCUACGAAUUUCCUGAGGAGGACAAGCUCAUCAUUGGUUAA